AUGAUUGUGAUUGGUCAAUUUUUGAAGUGCGGCAAGAUCAAAUUCGGACCUAAACAUCACUGUUAUUUUUCAUUUUUUUUCUCGAUUAUAUGUAAUUGAAAUCUUAUAUCAUGGGGAGCGUGGAAGGAGAUUAUGAUUGGGAAUAUGUUGCACCACAAUAUGUAGAUUUUUCCACGAAUCCACUCGAAGAUCCAGAUAAUCCAGAUGACUGGUUUGAUGCUCCCUCUAUUGGUGGUAUAGAGGAAGAAUAUUUAGACGAAGAUGAAGACUAUAAUGUCUGUAAUGGUGUUGAUGUGAUGGAGGAUGCUGAUGAUGAGGACACUGAAAAAGCUGCUUCCUCACCUGCUGAAACCAGAAGAUUGACCCGAUCAUUUGCUUCAACACCUGUCAAUGAUAAGGGACUGCCUGAGGCAUCAGAUACUAAGAAGACACCAGCAAAACAAAGUACACCUGCUAGAACACCUAGACGAACACCAGCCAGAAGUAAAGUAGCUUCCAGUCCAGAACUUAACAAAAACAACACUGAAAAACAAGAGAAUACUACUGCCACAUCUGAACCAGUAGUUACCAAAAACAUAUGUACUGAUCUGGCUCAAUGGAGGACAAAGGGCAAGAAGGAACCAUCACAGACUUCAAAGAACAACACCAAAUCUCAACCAGCUAGAAUCAGGAAACAACCAACAAAUGGGGCGGAGGAAACAAAGUCUGUUCAAAAUCCAGAGCUGAGGGGUAGGUCAACAUCACUGAAACGAUCAAGCUCUUUAAGGCGAUCUGCAGACAACACUAAUCUUUCAAAUUCACUGGAUGGAAAGUCGAACAAUACCUUGAAGAGAACCAAUUCCAUGAAGAGGUCUACCAGUCAAACAUUAAACAACAUAUCAGGUUCAUCUUUUGAUUCUAGUAAUAACUUAAAAAGAAAUCAUUCACGUGGGCAAUCUGUUGGACGUGCCAACUCCUCAGACAGACAAACACGCCAGAGGUUGAACUCAAAUAGCUCUGAUACAAAGGAAGACCAUACGGCUCCAGCUUCCAAGAUGCCAAAGCUAACAUUUCCCAACACACCAACAUUCAUGAAGAGGAAACCUGUAACAAAAGUAAAUGGAGAGCAGUACAAGAAGGCAGAGGAGAGAGAACUAGAAACCAUUGCUUUAAUGAGAAAUGAGUUGGCUAAAAAACGCAAGCUAGCCCAGGAGUCGUACAAGAAAGCCAUGACAGGCUCAGCCAAUCAACCUGUUGUUGCCACCAAAUUACCAACUAAGCCUCAGGGAUUCCAGUUUCAGACUGACAGUCGCAUUAAAUCUGCACACCCAAUGGAGACCCGCAGUGAGAGCAAAGACAGGGACUUUGUGGAAACUCUUCGAUCUAGCACUACAACUAAGACAUCUCCUCAUCAAACAAUGAAUCAGAAGAGUGCAACCAUCCCUAAACCAUUCAAACUGACAGACUGUAAGAAGCGUAAGAUUGGCAGUAUUGAGGACCUGUCGAAGGCUGACACCUUCCAGAGUAUGGCAGAAAAGGUGAAGGCUUUCCACAGGCAGACACCAGAGCGAUUCAGAUCCAGGGGUCGUAUUGGCAGUACAGAUAGAGGUGAAGAAAAAAGAGGAAGAUCAAAAUCCCCGAACAAACUAACAAUGCCAAAAACUCCACAGUUUGAGACACGAGGAAGGACCCGAUCAUACCACAUAAUUUCCCAACAGGAGAGGGAGGAGGUGGAAGUUCAGGAAAUGAAAAAGAAUCAAUUUAAAGCACAUCCUGUGAAUGAGAGGAUCUUAACGAACCCAAACACAGGUGUGAGGAAAGUCCCAUCAAAACCUUUAACACAUCCAGAGGAGUUCCACCUAACUGCUGCCGAAAGGCGUGCACAAGACAGUUCUACUGAAGAAGAGAAAUAUGAGUUUCACGCCAAACCAGCACCUAAAAAGAUACUAGAAGGCCCAGUGGGAAUUAAACCAGCUAAAGUGUUGGCCCGAACGAUUCCUAAAUCACCAGCAUUUGCCUUGAAGAAUCGAGUACGAAUAACUUCAGAGUUGGAGGAGUCUCAGAAUGAACCUCAGAAGGUCAAGGCUAACCCAAUUCCUCAUGCAGGAGUACCGUUCCAGCCAAAACUAGGUCACAAGAGCACAGUUCCAGAGCCUUUUACGUUUGAGGAAAGGGAUCAAUGUGUUAAAGUAAAGAAGGAAGAAAAAAUCAAGGAAAUACUGGAGGAAGAGAAAAGAGCACGAGAAUUUCAGGCUCAAGGAUGUCCCAGCCAGACAUUUGAUACACUUCCCCAAAAACAAACAAAACUGCCCACUAUGCCACAACCCUUCCACUUUGACAAUGACAGUAGAGGAGCCAAGCGGGCAGAGGAAUGGAGUCGUAAGAUUGAGGAGGAGUUACGACAACAGAGGGAACAAGCUACAUUUAAGGCAACCAGCAGUGAUGUCCUGAUAAAGAAACCGUUUAUACCAGCCAAGUCGCUCAAACCCCUAACAGAUGUCAAUGACUUUGAAUUAAACACAGACAAGAGAUCCAAAACACGAGAAGCAUAUGAUCAACGAAGGAAAGCCCAAGAGGCAGAGGCCGAAGCAUUGAAACGUCAACGGGAAAGACGACAGGAGGAACAAGAAAAACUCGCAAUUGCAAAACUAAGAGCAGAAAUGGUGCCCAAAUCUCAACCUGUGAAACGUUUUAAGACUGUGGAAGUUUUACCAAGUGAAAGACCAGUAACAGUUCCAAUGUCGCCCAAAUUAUCCACAGACAGUCGCCUGCGUAGCAGUGUCCGUGUGUGAUAAGGUUACAUAUAUAUAUGGUGAAGCCAUUAUGGUUUGACCAAGCAUUGUUAAAAUCAAAUUAUCAUGCUACCAGAUAGGCAGUAAUCGGCUAUAAAGUACUUUAUUUUCACUGUGUACACAGUUUCAUAAAUAACACCUGUAGGAUUCAUUUGUGUAUGUUUGACUUUGCUAUUGUGAGGAGGAUGUUGUUUGGAGACAAUUUAAAUUUGUAAUGAUUCUAGUGAUUAACACGAAAUCAGUGUGACCAAAAUGAAGUGGUUUACCUUUUGUUAUAACAGCUAUGGUAAAUGUAAAAGUGGAUGGAAGUCAUCAAUAAGGUAGCUAUGUAUGAGGAUUCUAGUUCUGUAAAUAAUGUAUUCAUUCAAAGUAACAUUAACCAAUGGGGAAAUGCAAUUAAAAUAUGCCUUUUUAUAUCUACAUCAAAACGAUACUAUAUACAACACCUGUACACUGAAUACAUAAACACUACUACACCUGUACACUAAAUACAGACACUACUACACCUGUACACUAAAUACACAAACACUACUACACCUGUACACUAAAUACACACACUACUACACCUGUACACUAAAUACAGACAUUACUACACCUGUACACUAAAUACAGACAUUACUACACCUGUACACUAAAUACAGACAUUACUACACCUGUACACUAAAUACACAAACACUACUACACCUGUACAUUAAAUACAGACAUUACUACACCUGUACACUAAAUACAGACAUUACUACACCUGUACACUAAAUACAGACAUUACUACACCUGUACACUAAAUACACAAACAAUACUACACCUGUACACUAAAUACAGACACUACUACACAUGUACAUUAAAUACACAGACACUACUACACCUGUACACUAAAUACAGACAUUACUACACCUGUACACUAAAUACAGACACUACUACACCUGUACACUAAAUACAGACAUUACUACACCUGUACACUAAAUACACAGACACUACUACACCUGUACACUAAAUACAGACACUACUACACCUGUACAUUAAAUACAGACACUACUACACCUGUACACUAAAUACAGACACUACUACACCUGUACACUAAAUACACAGACACUACUACACCUGUACACUAAAUACACAGACACUACUACACCUGUACACUAAAUACACAGACAUUACUACACCUGUACACUAAAUACAGACAUUACUACACCUGUACACUAAAUACAGACACUACUACACCUGUACACUAAAUACAGACAUUACUACACCUGUACAC